CGGAAUGUCCUGUGUGACAGACACUCUCCCAAUCCUCCAUGUGCCCUGAUCUGGUCUGAUUUCACACCCUGCACAGGAUUUCCCAUUCCCAAACCUGAGCUGAUCUCCCGCCUGGAACGAGGGGAAGAGCCAUGGGUCCUAGAUCUCCAGGUCUGCGAGGAAAGAGAGAUCCCAAGAGGCACCCACACAGGUGAUGAGAGGGUGAGUGAGAACACGGAGGGGAAUCAUCAUGAGGAAGUUCCUGGGGAAGUGGAAACACAGGGGACCUUUAUGGGAAGAGCUGAUGGAAAUUUAUCCCAGUGCAUGCAACAGAGAGAAGCCUGGGGAAAUUGGCACAGGUCAGAGAGGCUGCUGGGAAACUACCCAUGGGAGCAAGUAGAUGAAUCUAUUAAAUGUAGGGGAGGAGAUAAGGAUCCCACAGCCCAGCAGACAAACCCCAGGGAAGAGAAAACCUACCACUGCCUCAAAUGUGGGAAAGGAUUCAUUCUGAGAUCACAACUUCUUACAUCUCAGACAAUGCACACUGGAGAGAAACCCCUUCAAUUCUUGGACCAUGGAGAAAGCUUCAAUAACUGCUCAGAUCUUAAUUACAGUGGGAGAAGUCACAUAGGAGAGAAACCCUAUCAAUGCCUCGAGUGCUCAAACUGUUUGAAUCAGAAGUCAGCACUGAUUACACAUCAGAUAACCCACACGGGAGAGAGACCCCAUAUGUGCUUGGAUUGUGGAAAAAGUUUCAUUCGGAGGUCAGACCUUGUUAGACAUCAGGCAAUCCACACAGGAGAGAGACCCCACAGGUGCUUAGACUGUGAGAAAAGUUUCAUACGGAGGUCAGACCUUGUUAAACAUCAGGCAAUCCACACAGGAGAGAGACCCUAUAUGUGCUUGGACUGUGGGAAAAGUUUCACACGGAGGUCAGACCUUGUUAGACAUCAGGCAAUCCACACAGGAGAGAGACCCCACAGGUGCUUAGACUGUGAGAAAAGUUUCAUACGGAGGUCAGACCUUGUUAAACAUCAGGCAAUCCACACAGGAGAGAGACCCUAUAUGUGCUUGAACUGUGGGAAAAGUUUCACACGGAGCUCAUCCCUUCUUCAGCAUCAGGGAAUCCACACAGGAGAGAACCCCCAUAAAUGCUUAGACUGUGGAAAAAGUUUCAUAUGGAGGUCAGACCUUGUUAAACAUCAGGUAUUCCACAGGGGAGAGAGACUACAUAAGUGCCUGGACUGUGGGAAAAGUUUCAUUCAGAGAUCAGAUCUUGUUAAACAUCAGACUAUCCACACAGGAGAGAGACCCCAUAAGUGCCUGAACUGUGGGAAAAGUUUCAUACGAAGGGCUGACCUUGUUAAACAUGAGGCAAUCCACACCGGAGAGAGACCCUAUAAGUGCUUGGAUUGUGCAAAAAGUUUCAUAUGGAGGUCAGACCUUGUUAAUCAUCGGGCAACCCACACAGGAGAGAGACCCCAUAAGUGCCUGGACUGUGGGAAAAGUUUCAUACGGAGAUCAGCCCUUGUUAAUCAUCAGCCAAUCCACACUGGAGAGAGACCCCAUAAGUGCUUGGACUGUGGGAAAAGUUUCAUACGGAGGUCACAGCUUGUUCAACAUCAGUCGUUCCACACAGGGGAGAGACCCCAUAAGUGCCUUGACUGUGGGAAAAGUUUCAUACAGAGGUCAGAUCUUAUUAAACAUCAGGCAAUCCACACAGGAGAGAGACCCCAUAAGUGCCUGGAUUGUGGGAAAAGUUUUACACGGAGAUCAGCUUUUGUUAAUCAUCAGGCAAUCCACACAGGAGAGAGACCCCAUAAAUGCUUGGACUGUGGGAAAAGUUACACACAGAGAUCACAACUCACUAAACAUGAGAGAAUCCACACAGGAUCUAAACUUCUGUGACCCAUGGCCAGAAAGGGUUAAGAAACUUGCAGGCUAAUUGACCCAGUUUCAUCCUUUAGAGACAUGUUCGAAAAGUGUGUAAAUGGUAUUUAAGGCCAUUCCACGUUGGAUAGACUAGAACUUUGAAAUGUAAACUUUUAUUGUUAAAGAAUUGGGAGAAGAUGGUAACUGUAGUAGUCUAUUUUUACCUAUAUCUUGUUAGAGUUUAACAGUGUAACCAAACGGUUCCUCUCUAGCCUCUAUUCUAUUAAUUCAGAGAUCAAAAGGAAAUAUUAACAUUUACAUGAAACUUAAUGUCAUAAUGUCAUUGUCUGUUUUAUAUUUGUGGUAAACUCUCUCUGAACUGCUUUAUGGAUAAAUGUCUUAUGUUAAUACCUUUAAUUUAAUUACUGGUCAGGGCCGCCCAGGGGCGGGGCAAAUGGGGCAAUUUGCCCUGGGCCUCGCAGGGGCCCCCACGAGAGUUUUUCGGGGUCCCUGGAGCGGGGUCCUUCACUUGCUCCCGGGGACCUGGAAAACUCUAGAGGGGACCCGCCGCCGAAGUGCAGCCGGGUCUUCAGCGGUAAUUCGGCAGCAGGGGGCCCCCGCCGCGGGUCUUCGGGGAACUUCGGCGGCAGGUCCCGGAGCGGAAGGACCCCCCGCCGCCGAAGAUCCCGGGCCCCCGGAAUCCUCUGGGUGGCCCUGUUACCGGUGCUGUUUAGGAAAUAGAAAGUUACUUCAGCAGCCUAUUGUUCACCCAAGGACUGCGUGCUGACGAGAGGCUGCAAAAAUCUCUAGAAAAACUCUUGGGACCUGAUCCUUUUCCCUCAGAUCUUUGUUAGUUUUAUUCGUGGGGCGUUGGAGUCGUUAGACUGAGAUCUCCAGCCCAAUCUGCACCACCCUGAUAUUGAACAUUUGGACAUUGGACUAUAACAGGGGUUCUCAAACUGGGGGUCGGGACCCCUCAGGGGGUCGUGAGGUUAUUACAUGAGGGUUCAUGAGCUGUCACCCUCCACCUCAAAGCCCGCUUUGCCUCC